UCACAAUGAAGGUGUUCGUCUUGUGCGUUGUGGUGGCACUUGCUGCUGCAGAGGUUCCACUGGCCAAGAGACAGCAGGAUGUUAACCGCCUGCUGUGGAAAGUGUACGACCACCUGCAAUUUGAUGAACUGAAAGGAUAUGCCGCAUCCUUUGACCCUGUAGGUGAUGUGUCACAAUAUAAGGAUGGAGGAGAAUCUGCCAAACACUUAGUCCAAGAACUGAAGGACCACAGGCUCCUUCAGCAGCAUCACUGGUUCUCCCUUUUCAAUGAACGUCAGAGGGAGGAGGCUCUUAUGCUCUUUGAAGUCUUCAUGCAGUGCAAGACCUGGGAAUGUGCUGUUCACAAUGCUGCAUACUGGCGUGAACACAUGAAUGAAGGAGAGUUUGUGUAUGCCCUUUACACUGCUGUUAUUCAUUCUGAUCUUGGACAUGGCAUUGUUCUUCCCCCACUCUAUGAAGUUACUCCUCACAUGUUCACAAACAGUGAAGUUAUCCAAAAGGCUUACACUGCAAAGAUGACCAACACACCAGGUACAUUUGAGAUGGAAUUCACAGGUACAAAGAAAAAUAAGGAACAACGUGUUGCCUACUUUGGAGAAGAUAUUGGAAUGAAUGUCCAUCACGUUACUUGGCAUAUGGAUUUCCCCUUCUGGUGGGAGGACAAAUAUGGUGGUCACUUGGACCGCAAGGGAGAACUUUUCUUCUGGGUUCAUCAUCAGCUCACUGUUCGCUUUGAUUCUGAGCGUCUUUCCAACUACUUGGAUAUGGUAGGUGAACUUCAGUGGGAGAAACCCAUUAUUGAAGGUUUUGCACCACACACUAUCUACAAAUAUGGUGGUGAAUUCCCCGCUCGUCCUGACUACGCCCACUUUGAAGAUGUUGACGGUGUGGCUAGAGUAAGAGACAUGAUAAUCAUGGAAAGCCGUAUCCGUGAUGCCAUAGCACAUGGAUAUAUUACUGAUAAGGAUGGAAAAGUUAUUGACAUCAUGAAUGAUGAGGGUGUUGACAAACUUGGUGACAUCAUCGAAUCUUCCAUGUACAGUCCCAAUGUCCAGUAUUAUGGAGCUCUUCACAACAUGGCUCACAUUGUGCUUGGCCGUCAAGGUGAUCCUCAUGGAAAAUACAACAUGCCUCCAGGUGUUAUGGAACACUUUGAAACAGCCACUCGUGAUCCUACAUUCUUCAGACUUCACAAAUAUAUGGAUAACAUUUUCAAGGAACACAAGUACAGCCUUCCUCCUUACAAACAUGAAGACCUAGACUUCCCUGGUGUAUCUAUUGAAAGCCUUGGCAUUGAGGGAGAACUCAAAACUUACUUUGAGGACUAUGAAUUUGACAUUCGAAAUGCUGUCGACUCUGCUGAAGGAAUUGCCUACGUCGACUUGAAGGCCAAUGUCCAUCGUUUGAACCACCAUGACUUCUCCUUUGUUGCCGAUGUCAAUAACAACAAUGGAAACGACGUUGUGGGUACUUUCCGCCUUUAUCUUUGCCCUGAGAAGGACAACAAUGGGGAUCAUUUCGAUUUCAACAAUGGUACCUGGCACUGCAUUGAAAUGGACAAAUUCUGGAAGAAAUUGACCCCAGGAAGCAAUCAUGUUGUAAGAAAGUCUGUCGACUCUUCUGUUACUGUUCCUGAUGUACCAAGCUUCCAGUCUCUCAUGGAUGCAGCUGACAGUGGCAGCUUUAGCAUGCCCGAAUAUGAGAGGUCUUGCGGCAUCCCCAACAGAAUGCUUCUGCCCAAGGGCAAAAGGAACGGCAUGGAUUUUGCUCUCGUUCUGGCAGUCACUGAUGGAAGCUAUGACCUAACUCACCCUGAAGUGGAAUCUGAGCAUGGAGGUACUCAUGCUCAUUGUGGAGCUCAUGGAGAAAUCUACCCUGACAAGCGUCCUAUGGGAUAUCCUCUGGAUCGUCGUAUCCCAGACAGACGAGUCUUUGAUGAAACCACAAACUUUAAGCUUACCCACGUGAAAGUCUUCCAUGAUGAACACCAUCAUAAAUGAUUAUGAAGCAUCAUGAGGACUGAUAUAGUUAUCAUGUAUUUUUUAUUCAUUCAUGGAAAUCUUCCAUUUAGAGCACCACCAUUUGUGCUUUGAAAUCGUUGUAUGUUAUUUAUAGUAACUACUAUCUGAAAUUUUCCAACUUAUAAAGAUUUUCAUGUCGUGCAAUAAAAUAUAUAUCAGAU